GCUAGCCAAGGGUUUCUGAUCCGCACCGCUUCUCACGAACCCUUGGCCUAUCGUGCUAUCAAAAGUCGGGAUUGUUUACGUCACGUGAUCUCUAAGCCUAUUUAUAAAUCAGCCAAUGAAAAUUGCCGUACUUUAACAUCACUAUUUACAGUAAUGGCGGCCUCGAUAGACAUAGACAUGGGAAUUUUGAAAGAACGGUUUAAUAUUCAGGAUUUAAAACGUAUUCAGCGAGAAGGAAUUACAGCAAUAUUAAGUGGAACAGAUUUAUUCGUAGGUUGUAAAACUGGAAGCGGGAAAUCUCUUAUAUAUGAGUGUAUACCGCUGUUAAUACCAGACUCUAGUGUACUCGUCAUUGCACCAUUGCAAUCUAUAAUGAAGGAACAAACAGAAAGACUACAAAAGUUAGGAUUUUCAGCUAUGUGUGUCGGAGACGAAGAAUUUAAUGACCCUAGACUAACGAAAAUGGAAUGUGACUUUUUAUUUGGGAGUCCAGAAGCGCUCUUGGGAGAUAGAAAAUGGCGCGAGAGGUUGCAGACACCCGAGUACCAGAGGAAAAUUAAAUUGAUUGUGGUGGAUGAAGCACAUACAAUUGUACAGUGGGGGAUCGGCAGUAAAGAUGAAGAACCCUUCCGGGAAUGGUUUUCCAGAAUAGGAGAAUUACGAUCCAUUUGCCCUAAAGUACCCAUUGCUGCAUUGACUGCAACUUCAUCGGCUUCUCAAAGGAGGACGAUUUUGAACAAACUAUGUUUCAGUAAGCAUUCUGAAGUGAUUGCAGAAUCUCCUGACAGAGAAAACAUAAAAAUAACAUCUGUUCAAGUUCCCAAUAAUGAAGAUUUACACACAACAUUUGGUUGGCUAAUUGAUGGACUAAAGGCAGAGAAAGAAUCCUUCCCAAGACAUGUGAUAUUUUCUGAGACAAUUCUUACAGUCUCUAAGAUAUACUCUGCUUUUGUUGAUGUGCUAGGAAGUGAUUGUAAAUACGUUAAUAUGUUUCAUAGCAAAACAAAAGAAACUCUGAAGGAAGAAAUCCGAAAAGAUAUGACGCAGGAUGGCCUUAUCCGAGUUCUUAUUUGCACAAACUCUGCGGGGAUGGGGGUCAACUAUUCCUUUUUAAGAAAUGUAGUUCAUUAUGGAUUGCCACACAAAAUGGACACAUUUGUGCAACAAAUGGGUAGAGCAGGACGAACUGGUGAACUAUCCAAUGAACUUAUAUUAUUCAAACUGCAUAAAGGGAUGUUAAAAAAAGUGGAUACUGAUCUUGUUCAGCUGGCAAAAGAUACUCAAUGCCGACGCAAAGUACUGUGCAAUUCCUACCUGUGCAUCAAGGAUGACAUCAACCCUUUACAUAACUGUUGUGACGUGUGUGAAAAGGAAUGCCAAUGUGGUGGUGAAUCAUGCCCAGCAACGCACCCAGCACGUAUGGAAAGGAAGAUCUAUUGUCCUAGUAUGGAACGUACUGUAUCAGACCAAGAACGUGUUCUUUUAAGAGACAAAUUGAGGGCAUUAAAGUUUUCGUUAUCCAUUUCCAACACAUUGCUCUCAUCUGAACUGAUGCAUGGCCUUACAGAUGAUGUGAUUGAAGAUAUUGUGGCAAAAUCUGACAAGCUUUUUUCUCCCUAUGACAUUUUGGCUACUAUGCCCAUUUGGUCAUAUGAAUUUUCAGAGAAGAUAUGCACUAUAUUAAGUGAUGUGUUCGGAGACAUUGAGAUGUAUGACUUUGAUGACAGUAAUGAAUCCGAUUGAUAAAGAACAAUUGUAAAUGUUAUAUAAUUUUGACACUUAACUUUGUUCAUUUAAAUCCUAAACCUAUGUUUUACCAAAUGUACUUUUUUCAAUCAUAUAAAAGCACAUAAAUAGCAUUUGUUUACUCGGUCUCCCGAAUUAAAGACAUCAGAUACUAUUUAAAA